UUGCAAUUGAUUCCACGAAUCCGUUCAAACUGCAAUGAAACUAAAAGUUUGGAACAUAUUACUCUGUUGUUUGUGUUAUAUAAUUUUAUCUGCAAACUUAGUUUCUAGCGCAUCAUGUUUAACACCAAAAGCCCGCAGGGGAAACUGUGUACAUAUAGAUCUGUGUCCAAAGCUUCGUAAAUUGGCAUACAGUGCUAUAAUUUCUCAAGAAGACAGACAGUUACUAAAGUCUAGUAUUUGCGACGAUCGAAAGGUUUGUUGUGAAGAUUCUGUGGUAAAUGAGUCGACUUCUACCAUUUCUUCUAGAGCAAAACAGAGAACAACAACUAUGGCUACACCGCCGAAUGAUGAUCUACCAAAUGAAACGUUUUGCGGCAUCGAUUAUGUGCGUAAUCGAAUCUUCGGUGGAUCAGCAACCGGACUUAGUCAAUUCCGAUGGACGGUUGCCUUAGAGUACAACGUAAAUGGCUCCAGGGAGGUGAAUUGUGGUGGAACACUAAUCAAUACUCGUUAUGUUAUCACUGCAGCGCAUUGUGUGUGGAGUGUAACUCCUGAACAAUUAAUUCUUCGUUUGGGAGAGUGGGACUUGAAUCAGGAUCCUGAUUGUGACGAGGAGUCUAAUUGCAACGAUGCUGUGAGAUUUGAAGAUGUUGACCAAAUAGUUGUUCACCCAAGCUACAACAGAUCCAAGACACAUGACAUUGCUCUUUUACGAAUGAAAUCGUUUCUUCCAACAAACUACACGGAUCACAUUUCUCCGGUUUGCUUACCUCAGAUGAAAGCAUUUUUAAGUAAUUCAUUUUCAAACUCCAACGUGACUGUCGUUGGAUGGGGCUUUACUGAAGCAGGAAAACGAAGCUCUCUGAAAAUGAGUACCAACUUAGUGACGACUAGUUUGCCUAGUUGUCAACGCGAUUUAAAAUCUUUUUUGAGAGGAAUCGUUCUAAGCGAGGCACACAUAUGUGCAAAACCACCCGGACGCAAUAUUCGUGAUGCUUGUAGAGGUGACUCUGGAGGUCCGUUGAUGGCCAAUUUGAAUGGUUACUGGUAUUUGGUUGGUAUAGUAAGCUUUGGACCACCCUGUAGGAGGACACAGUUGCCGGGAGUUUAUACUAGGGUAACCAGUUACAUGGACUGGAUCAGGGAGAUCAUUUCUACAUAGAAGAAUUAUAACUUA